CUGUUGCCGGCUGUAGUGGAUCGGGUCUCUUCAGUCUAUUCCCUUCGUCUUCCUCCUAUUCUAUCUCACUUGCUCGCUCUCUGGUGGUGAAAAUGGCAGUCUCUUUUCACCCAACGACUACUUCUCCAGGCCUUCAUCCCCAAGCUAGACUCUCCCUUCCUCCUCCCAGUUGUGCAACGAAGCAUUAUUCGGGAUUAAAGCUUCAGUCUUUAGGUACUUUUGGUGCUAAAAACCCUAACUUGACGGUUGAGUUCUACGGAAAAGUUAAUGAGAGCCUUCAACCCAGGACACGAAACCAUAGGCCUUCACGAGCACAAGUUGGAAUGAUGCCUAUAGGGACACCAAAAGUUCCCUACAGAACUCCUGGUGAGGGAACUUGGCAAUGGGUUGAUUUGUGGAAUGCUCUAUACCGAGAACGUGUGAUCUUCAUCGGGCAAAACAUAGAUGAAGAGUUCAGCAAUCAAAUUUUGGCAACAAUGUUGUACCUUGACACAACAGAUUCUUCGAAAAGGCUUUAUAUGUACAUCAAUGGUCCUGGUGGAGAUCUUACUCCAAGCAUGGCUAUCUAUGAUACGAUGCAGAGCCUAAAAAGUCCUGUUGGUACCCAUUGUGUGGGCUAUGCCUAUAAUUUAGCGGCCUUUCUUCUUGCCGCUGGAGAGAAGGGAAAUCGUUUUGCAAUGCCACUAUCAAGAAUUGCUCUACAGUCUCCUGCCGGGGCUGCUCGUGGUCAGGCUGAUGAUAUACAAAAUGAAGCAAAUGAACUUCUCAGAAUUAGAGAUUACCUGUUUAAUGAGUUGGCUAUGAAAACAGGCCAGCCAGUUGAAAAGAUUAACAAAGACUUAAGUAGGAUGAAGCGCUUUAAUGCACAGGAGGCUCUUGAAUAUGGGCUCAUUGAUCGUGUUGUUAGGCCACCCCGUAUCAAGGCUGAUGCACCUCCCAAGGACAGCGGAUCAGGUCUUGGUUAGUACAACAAUUGCUCGGUUGGCAAAUUGGUUGACGAUACCUAUGGUAUUCAAAAUAUUUCUGAAGUUCACUUGUAAGUCUGUAGUACAGAACUAUUGCUCAGUCGUAAUUGUUGCAUAGAAUUUGCUUCCCUCUGAUAUUUGUAGGAACACUACACAUUAAGACUUUCGGAAUUAACUAUUUGCUCAAAAAGGGUGCUAUAUCA